AGGCAGACUGACUGAGAAAUUUUUCUUCAUUUUGCACAUCCUUCAACUCUACGUGAACAGCAAACUAAGAACGGCAAAAAUGAGUCUCUCUUCCUACAUAUUAAUACUAACUUUUUCUUUGUUUUCUCAAGGUAUUUUACUUUCAGCAUCCAAGUCCAUAAGAAAUUUAGAAGAUGACAUGGUAUUUAAUACAUUUAGGCUGGGAAAAGCCUUUCAGAAGGAAGAUACUGCAGAAAAAUCAGUCGUCGCUCCCUCCCUGGAACAAUAUAAAAAUGAUGAGAGCAGUUUCAUGAACAAUGAAGAAAACAAAAAUUCAAAGAAUACAGGCUCCAAACAUAAUUUCUUAAAUCAUGGUCUGCCACUGAAUCUGGCGAUAAAACCUUUUCUUGCAAUGAAAGGAUCUGUAGCUUUCCCAGCUGAGAAUGGAGUUCAGAAUAUUGAAUCAACACAAGAAAAGAGAGAAAUUGGGGAUGAAGAAAACUCAGCUAAAUUUCCCAUAGGAAGGAGAGAUUUUGACAUGCUCAGGUGUAUGCUGGGAAGAGUCUACCGACCUUGUUGGCAAGUCUAAUACCUUUUGGUCCACAUCAUCCUUCAAGAAAACAAUAAAAUCAUUUAAUUGCCAGUGGGAGGAAAAGCCCUUAAUGUUACUGUAACUUGCGCAUUAUUUUAAAUGUCUGUUUUAAAAGAAAGCAGUGUUGAGAUAUAUCAUUAACCUAAAUGAUAUGCUUUUUCUGUGCAUUAAACUUUGUGAAAAUCCUGCAUAA